UCACGUUUAGGGCGACUUUACUCCUUUCAUUCCUCUUAUGGUAUAAAUAGCUGCCCCCCUGCAUCCCGGUCUGUCUCUGUCUUCGUCUUCGUCUUUGUCUGUGACCCAUCUUGCGCGUAUCCCAGAUUGUCCAUUCAACGCUCUGGUUGCCGCUUUUGGUUGGAUUGCAGUUUGCUUCCCGGGUUUUUGCCUUGUUUAGGUCUGUGUGAGUAGAGUUUGUGCUGUGAGUUCGUUGGUUGGAGUCCAUUUGAAACAUCGCUUGCUAUGGCGGGGUCAAAAGAAGCCGGCCAAACGAUUUACGACUUCGUUGUGAAGGACAUCGACGGCAGCGAUGUCGAGUUGAGCAAGUACAGGGGCAAGGUGCUGUUGAUUGUUAACGUUGCGUCGAAGUGCGGGUUGACGACUACCAAUUACAAAGAGCUCGCGGACGUGUACACUAAAUACAAGAGUCAGGAUUUUGAGAUUUUGGCAUUCCCUUGCAAUCAGUUCGGAGGACAGGAGCCUGGGACGAAUGAGCAGAUCAAGGAAUUUGCGUGCACGAGGUUUAAAGCCGAGUACCCUAUUUUCGACAAGAUCAAUGUGAAUGGUCCUCAGGAGGCACCACUCUACAAGUAUUUGAAGUUGCAGAAAGGAGGCGGAUGGUUGUUGGGGGAUAGCAUUAAGUGGAAUUUCGCCAAGUUUCUCGUGGACAAGAAUGGGAACGUCGUGGACCGCUUUGCACCCACUACUCCUCCUUCAAAGAUAGAGAAGUCUAUCGAAACUUAUUUGAGCAGGUAGAUUGUGAGUUUGGAGCUCGCCAGAGGUUCUGGUCAUCUGGGCUGUGAGCGUAGAGAAUUCUGUACAGCAUAUACCACUGUUUUGUUCAUCUGGAGCGCGACGUUGUUGGUGCCUCUUUCCUGCUCAACACUGGUCUUUAUUCAUCUUGGGAAGACAAUCGACGGGAUGAAUAAGUGCACCCAUGUCUCAUUUUCCUUGCGUUGUGUGAUUACAUUAGCAUCAAGUUCAUGGGUUCGUGAGGAUCAAAGCAUUGAUGACCACCCAUGGAGUUUAGGCGUUUCACCACUUCGUCGUAUGGGAUAUACUCCAAAGCUGGACCAUCCUUGUUCUUUCGAAGUGAAACUGCUUGCAUGAAGUUCUGCAAGGUCCAGUUGGAACUGUAGAAACUCCACGUUUGAGCGUGUAUUGUACCCGACUUGCAUAUAAAAGCUUCUUUUGUAUAUCUUACAGAGGCUCUUGCUCACCACCUGUAUAGAUACUGGAGAAAUGCAUUAUCAGUGAGCGUUUUCAUGCAAA